CAAGUAAAUAAUUGUAUGAGUGGAAUAAUAAUUAAUUCUUGUUAUUUUUUUUCAGGUGAGUCCAUACAUGCCCAGUUUAUCUUAAUCGUUUGUCCGGUGAGUCAACAAUGCAAUUCCAGUUUGUUCAAUAAAAUUCCUUUUUUGUAUGGUGAGUCGAGUCAAUACGGUUGCGGUUUACCUAAUUGGAUGGUCUGGUCUGGAUACUACCAACCGGCGGGUCCACUAAUUAAUGUUCCCCAACAUGGUCAUCCUCAAUCAACAUCACUGGGCAAAACGGCACCGUUAUCUGAAGUUUCCUCGUCUCCUACGCCUCCGCCCUCGCACCAAACACACUCACAGUCGUCAACAACAGACUCGUUGGAUAGUGAUGUGAUAAUAACAUCUGCAACAACCGCAAAGGAAGCAAUACCCCCGCAGCACCCACCUCCUCCGCCUCCCCCAACGUAUCGAUACUCACAAUAUCAUCCACCCCACCCUGGUUAUGCUUACGGUUAUCCACCACAGUAUUAUCCAUCACCACAUCAUCCUGCGUCUUAUCAUCAUGACUUAUGUUAUCCCAAUCCUUAUCUACAUCACAAACCGUACCCUCCCCCGACAUAUAGGAGGCAUCUUACAGCGCCUGCGGGCACUCAGUAUUAUCAAGCAAAUCCACCUGAUAUAUAUCACCCGCCUCCACCAGCACCGACUCAGCAAAAUCAACAAGUAGUGACAGCUAAUCCACCUAGUAGUAGUACUUACCAAUCAGCACCAAGUGGACCACCUCCAUUACUGGAAAGUUACCCUCCGCCACCAACGUUAGUAGAACCAUAUCCACCUCCACCUCAUUACUACCCCGGUUACGGGCCAGCUCCACCACCGGCCUGUUACACACACUCACCCCCUUCUAGAACAUUACCUUAUUUAAAUGCAGCAUAUCAAAGUUGUCCGUGUCCAAUGCAGUCUUGUCCAAAAAACGUACAUACUGGGCCUCUUACUGGUGAUAGUAAGAGGUCGUCUCAUAUAUCUUCCAUAGCCAAAGAUUCACUUCCAUUGCCACCUGUAGCUCUUGCCUUACCACUCGAACCAGUAAGUGCCACUGGGCCGCCUAGUCCAGCAAGAGGAUCUGCAGGAAUGCCUCCGCCUCCUUCGCCCGCGGGAGCUACCUACCAACCACCUCCACCAGCCCCGAAGCAAGAAGAGCUGGAGUCUGUAGACUGUAAACCUAUAGAAAAGCGGCGCAAAGCGCGCGUGGGCAAAAAUAUGGUCCGAAACAAUAUCGCUGCAAACUUUCCCGAAAAUACCAUGCUGCUGAUGUGCCACCAACCGACGCAGGCAAGCAUGUGCGUUACUAACGUUAAAAGAGAAAUCGAGAGCCCCGAAGGAAAAGUUUGUGUAAGUGAAGAAGCGCUAAAAUCAAAAGUUGAACCUCCCGAAAUUAGACUUCCCAGUGAAACUAUUGAGGAAACGGCGUGCGUGAAAAAUGAAAAAAUUGCGCCGUGUUUAAAGACUGAAGUAAGCACAAAAGAAGAAAAAGCGCCAUUGGAGCUCGAAGAGGAGAAAAAGGUGAGUGUCGAUCAACUGCCGUGUCAGAAAACAGUGGCCGAAAAUGUGAAAGUGAAGAACAUGAAACGAAAGUUGUCGAUUUUGAAUGAGAAACCAGAUGUAGCCUCACCUCCUCCACAAAAGAAGCAAAAGUUGGAUAAAGUCAUGAAAGCGAAUGGUAGCUACAAAGAUCUAAUUAAAAAGAAUGUUCCUAGUAUCAAAAUAAAUAAUGGAAAACGAAAACUCAACAUAGACGCCGUUAUUAGACCUAUGUUAAUUAAAAAUUCAAAACUCAAAAUCAGAAAAUCAUCAGUUAAACGCAAACUCAGCCCAUCAAAGGACGAGCUGCAUUCGAAACGCGCAAAACUGUCUAGGCCACUUAUCGCGAGUAACUUGCACAAUUCCAAGCAAAACCUUAAAACUCUCAAGGGCAAGUGCUCUGCCGCGUUCGAUUUAAGCGAAAACAAGGAGCCCGCCCAGAAAACUACGUUAAAAAAGUUACAAGUCAAUUCUAAAAAUAGUAUUAGCGAGAAGAAAUUGGCGCCCGAAAUUCUCGAUCAUCUCUUCGCGAAGAAUAACGUCGAUCGGACAAUCGACUGUGUUGUAAAUAGGUAUAGUGAAAUUUUAAGAACGAGUAAACGAAGUGAGGCUAGUAAAAUAGACGACCAGAGCAGAAAAUUAAAAAUUAAUAAUAAUCCGGAAUGUGUUGUUAAAAGUACAAAUGUUAAUAAUAAUAAUUCGGCUUCACUUAAAUCGAAAGUUGUCACUCCUAAAAAGGUCGGUGCCAGUAAGCGGAAGUGUAAGAGAAAAAGUGUUGAGGUUCCGGUGCAGGUCGUUCCAAAGGUUCCAAGGAGGCAAUUGCAGGUGCCGAAGUGGUCGAAUGGAUGGACGUGGAAGGGAGAGCCGUACCAAGCUAAAGUAUUUUUGAAUAGCGAUGAAACCGUUGUUGUUCGAAAAUGUUACCCCGCAAUGAUGCACGCCGAAGGUGAUACAAUAGAGCCAAAAGAUUGUGUGUUACUAAAGGCUGGUCCUAGAAGAAACGAUUUACCUUUCGUUGCCAAAGUGGCGACUCUGUGGGAAAAUCCUGAUGACGGUGAAAUGAUGAUGUCUCUAUUAUGGUACUAUCGGCCUGAGCAUACGGAGCAAGGGCGACAAGAUUACGACGAAUCGGAUGAAGUUUUUGCUUCACGACAUAAAGAUACAAAUAGUGUGGCCUGUAUAGAAGAUAAAUGUUUUGUACUUACUUUUAAUGAGUAUUGCAGAUAUCGUAAGUCACUGAGAAGGAUAGAAGAAGGAAUGGAGGACACGUCUACGUGCAUACCAAACCCAGAACCAUAUCCUAGAUCGCACCGACAACCACCAUCAACUUGUCUAACAUCAUAUGAUUUAAUAUUUUUUUGUCGUCGAGUAUACGACUUUCGACAAAAGAGGAUUGUUAAAAAUCCGAGUUAGAUAUGUUAUUAAAAAAUUUUUAUAUAUUUAUUUUUUUGUUUAUAAUUAAUCGAUACUGUUUUAUGUAAAGUGAAAGAUUAAUUUAAAAGUAUAAAAAUAACAAUGGCCAGUUACAAAAAUUGAAAAAAAAUCAAACCCACUUUGUUAAAACUGAUGUCUUUCAAAAACAUCUAAAUUUAAUACGUAUACAUAUUGUUGCAUAAAAGAGAUGGGAACAUUUGUAUUAUAUAACUUAGUUAUUGAUAAUGUUGUAUAGAAAAAUAUAGAAUAUUAUAUAUUUAACACAAGAAACAAAAUCAUGUUUAUAACUAGUGUUAGUUACUGCUGGUGUAAAUGGUUCGUGUGCUUUGAUAGUCUAGCAGUGUUCUUCAGUGUUGUCUUACUUAACAUUUUUUGGUAUCAUUUAGGAAACUAAUCAUUUUAAAAUUCCAUUAAUUUAUCGUCAUGCACGUUCUUUUACAAAUGUAACUAAUAAAAAAAACAAAUCGCUUCAAAUGUCGCAGUUUCACAAUCAAAAUGACAAAUACUUUUUCAAGUUGUUGGCUUUUCUGUGUUGUAUGUAAUAACAGAAUAUGUUGUAUUUGUAGAAGUUGUUGCAAUUUAUUGUUAGUUUUAUAUAAUUAACCGGGUUACUUCAAGUGAGUCAGUGUGGCCAAAUCAAAUUUCGCCCCCUUAACAGAUUUGAGGUAACUCGAGUUUUUAUGUAAUCCAUUUAUUUAAUUUAUGGUUAUAAUUUAAUUUGUGUAUAAUUUCUGGUCCUCGCGCUAUAAUGAUCUUAAACUCUAUUUAAUAUAUCGAAAAUUCUCUAUUUCAUUAUUUAUUGAGUGUUGUUACAUAUAUUUGUCAUUAUGUAUUUGAAUUUAAUAAAAUUAGUUGUCUA